GGAAAGACCUUGCCAUAGGAACUGGGAUGUCUUUCAUUGCAAAGAAGUGUGGCAUUCAGUUGCAGCCCCCAUCUAUUAUUUUAAUCUAUGAAGACCAGCUCAAGAAUAAUGUACGGAAGCGCAUCAUGCCUGUUCGGAAUUUCUCCAAAUACUCAGAUUGCAGCAGGGCAGCAGAACAGCUAAAGAAUAACCCUCGACACAAGACUUAUUUGGAAGGGGUCUCAAUGGAACAGUUGCAAAAGUUACACAGUUUGCUCAGAGGGCAUUUGGGAGGACAAAGUUUGUCUCAGAGUCUAAAACAAAUUCAGCUGAAAGUAACGAUUGACCCUGAGGAGAACCUAAACCAACUUGAUGACAAGGAGCUUGCAAAAAGGAAAAAAAUAAUGGAUGAGCUAUUUGAAAAGAACAGAAAAAAGAAAGAUGAUCCUGAUUUUGUCUACAAUGUAGAAGUGGAUUUCCCACAAGAGGAGGAGCUUGAAUCCUGUGGCUGGGAUGCAGAUUCAGAUGAUGAUUUUUGAACUAUAACCAAGUUCUUUGGAUUCAUG